AUGAGAAUGGAUUACCAUGAUAAGUAUAAUUAUUUCAUGAAUAUAAAGCAACAUUUUUUCUUUAAAAAAAAGUUAAAAGAAUAUAACAUAAAAUUAGGAAGUGACAAUAUAACAAGCAAAUCUUUACAGACUGUAUGCGAAAAAGAAUCGAAGUUUCAAAAUGAAGAAAAUGAAGAUAAUAGUAUAAAUGACAAUUUUGAAUAUGUAGAUGAAAAAAAGAAUAUGAAAUUAAAUAGUAGCACCCGUAUGAAUAAUAAUAAUAAUAAUAAUAAUAAUAAUAAUAAGAUGGAUUAUAACAACAUCAUUAAUUGUAAUGAUAAUAAUAUUUUUAUUGAAGGAAGUAUUACAAAACUUACUCAUAAUAUAACGACAGAUAUUCAAAAUAUAGGUAGUAAUGAAGAUACCCAAGAAAAUAUUUUAUCUUCAUAUGAGAGUAGUUGUACUAAUGAUACAUAUUGUAGUAGUUAUGAUAUAAAGGAUAAUAAUUUAAAAAAUGAAUAUAGUGAUUCAUGUAGUAAUAGUAUAUAUAGUCCCAAUAAAGAAGAGUAUAAUGAUUUUAUAGAUAAUGAGAAUAUGAAUAAUGUAAUUCAAAAAAAUAACAAAUGUACCAAUAAUAUAGAAUAUGAUAAUGAUAUAAAUGAACAUUUCUAUGUAGAACAUCAUAUACGAAGAAAUAAUGAGAAUUUUGAUCAUAUAAAUUAUAAUGAACAUGAUAUUAAUAAUAUAAUGAAUCCAGUUAACAAUAUGAUGAGUAAACAUAUGAAUAAUGAUUUAUCGAUAAUUAAUACAGAUAAAAAGAAAAAGAAUGAACAUAUUAAUAAUGCAAUUGAAGAAUUAGAUAAUUUAUGUUUAAGUGAAAAUGAUCAUAUUCAGAAUAUUGAAGCAAAUAAUAUAAAUCAUAAAAAAGAAGAUGGUCAUGUGACAAAUAAAAUAAAUGGUGUCCAGGCCAAUAAGGGAAAUAACAGUAAUAAUAAUAAUAAUAAAUCAAAUAAUAAUAAAACAAGUCAUAAUAAUAAGUCAAAUAAUAAUAAAGAUGAUGGUAGUAAGAAUAAUAAUAAUAAUAAUAAUAACAAUGGUAAUAAUAAUAAUAAUAGUAAUAAUAAUAAUAGUAAAAAAAAUAAUAACAAUGACAAUAAUGAUAACAAUAAUAACAACAACAAUAAUAACAACAAUAAUAACAAUAAUAACAAUAACGGUGAUAAUAAUAAUAAUGAUGAAGAUGAUGAUGAUAAUAAUAAUGGAGAUAACAAAAAGAAUAAGAAGGAAAAGGACAAAGGUAAUCAUAAAGACACAUCAAAUAAAAAUAAUAACACAGAUAAAAAUAAUGAUAGUCAUAUGGUUAAGUCUGAUAAAAAAAAAAAAAAUAGUAAAAAUAAUGCGAAUAAUAAAAAUAAUUCAUCCAUUAAUAAUACCAUAAAUAUGAAUGGCUCAUGUAUUGUAAAUAAUAAUGCUAUUAAUAAUAAUAAUAAUAAUAAUACAAAUCCAAUGAAUAAAAAUAAUGAAUUAUAUAAUAAAUUGUAUAAUGUGAACUCUCUAAAUACAUAUGAUAAUCAUGAAAAUAUAAUGAAUCCUGAAGAUGUUGUAAAUGUAAAACAUAUGGACAUGAAAAUGGGUCCAAAUUUUGGAAACAUAAAUAAUAUGAAUAUGAUGAAUAAUAUAAAUAAUGUAAAUAUGAUAAAUAAUGUGAAUAAUAUGAAUAAUAUGAAUAAUAUAAAUUAUAUACCGAAUAUGAAUAAUUUAAAUAAUAUAAAUGAUAUGGUAGAUACAAAUGGGGUAGGCAAUUUUUUUAAUAUGCCUAAUAAUGGUUUUAUCAAUAUAUGUAAUAAUAAUAAUACCAAUAAUAAUAAUAAUAGUAAUAAUAAUAACAAUAACAAUAAUAACAAUAAUAACAUUAAUAACAAUAAUAACAUUAAUAAUUAUAUGCCAAAUAUAAAUUAUGUACAUAAUCCUAAUUACUUACCUAAUGGUAAUAUUAAUAAAUUAAAUAUAAAACCAAAUAUGCAUUCAAGCGAAAAUGAUAUGAUCAAUAAUAAUUUCAAUCCAAAUAAUGGUAUGUUUACAUCAAGUUAUUCAGAGAUAAAUAUGAUGAGAGAACAAGACGAUUUAAACAAUAUGAAUAAUGGCCUUUUUAUGAAUUACAAUAAUAUGAUGAUGAUGCAACAUGGUAAUAAUGGUGAUAUAUUUUUUAAUGAACCUAAUAAAGAUAAAUUAUAUUUAAAUAAUGAAUCAUUGAAUAAUUAUCAUGAUGAUAAAAAUAGUAGUAAUAAUAAUAUCAUAUUCUUAAGUGGUACUAUGAAUCCAAAAUUUGAAGAAUCAAACAUUCCACCAAAAAAUAGUAUACAUUAUGAAAUAUUAAAUAAUAAAGAUAUUAUGAAUAUAGGGGAAUUAAAGGCAGAAGAAAAUGAACUCUUACAUGGUAUUCCAAGAAAUGAUUGGAUGUAUAAUAAUAAUAUAAAUCAUAUGAAUCACAUGAAUAAUAUGAAUCACCUAAAUAAUAUGAAUCACCUAAAUAAUAUGAAUCAUAUGAAUAGUAUGAAUCAUAUGAAUAGUAUGAAUCAUAUAAAUAGUAUGAAUCAUAUUAAUAAUAUGAAUCAUAUAAAUAGUAUAAACCACAUGCAUAAUAACGAAGAGCAACAGAAUAAUUUUAAAAACCAUUUUGAAAAUAAAAUUAAUGAGGAAUCAAUGUCACAUAAGAAAAAUAAAAAAAGUGUUUGCGAUAUAAAUAAUAAAAAUAAUGAUAAUAAUAAUAAUAACGAAUAUGUAGAAGAUGAAAAACAUAUAAAUCAAAAUUUAGAAGAUAGCUUAAAUUAUAAUGAAGCAAGUACAUUGAAUUUAUUAAAUAUUUCUUUUAACGAAAUAUAUCGUGAUAAAAAAGAUUUAAUCGAUAAAGUUAUUACCAAAAAAUUUAAAUAUAAAUUAUCCAAAAUUUUAAAAGAUAUAAACCAAGACAAUAUAAAAUCAAAAGCAAAAAAAAUAAAACGAUUAAUUGAAAAUGAAAAAAAAUGUGAUAAGUAUGAACAAGAAGAAGAUGAUGACAAAAACGUAUCUUCUUUUAAUACAAAUAAUAAUCAAACAAGUGAGCCGUCGAGUAGUAUAAAAGUGGAAAAAAUGGAUGAAGAUAGCUUAAGUUGUAAAUCAACUCCUUUUGAUGAUAAUAAAAAGAUAGAUAAGAAAGAUCAUCAUAGUAAUAGUCAAAUAAAGGACAAAAAGAAAGGUGUUGAUUCUAAUAACGAGACGGUAAAUAAUACCAUAGAGGGAGCAACAAAACAAGGAAAGGAUAAAGGACAAGAAGAGAAAAAGAAAAAAAAUAAUAAGAAAAAUGAAAAAAAUGAGAAGAGUGAAAAGAAUGAGAAGAAUGAAAAGAACGAGAAAAAUGAAAAGAAUGAAAAAAAUCAAAAGAUUGAAAAAAAUCAAAAGAUUGAAAAAAAUCAAAAGAAUGAAAAAAAUCAAAAGAGUUCAAUAUUGAAUCAAACUGUUUCGUCAAAUGGUGAUGCUGAACAAAAUAUAAAUGAUAUAAACAAAAGUUCUAUCCAAAAAAAUUCAUUACAAUCAGAUAUAUAUGAUGAAUUUUCGAACCAAAAAAUUAGUAGUGAUGAUAUAUGUUAUAUAAAUGAAGAUGAUUUAAAAUUAAAUAAUGAAAAGCAACAAAGUAAAAGUUCUAAAAAAAAUAAGAACAAUAUAAAUAAUAAGGAAAGUUCUUCAAUAUUUCAUGAUGAAAAGAAAAAAAAUCAGUUGACAGAAAAUGAAGAGGAUAAUUUGAAAAAAGUAGAUGAUGAUGAUAAUAAUAAUAAUAAUAUUAAAGGGGGUGAUAAUGAUGACUUAUUACAUAACAAUAAAAAGGUAAGUGUAUUUUAUGAUUUAAAAAAUAAUAUUGAAAGAAGAAAAUAUGGAAAAAUACAAGAAAAUAAUGAAAUGAAAACAGAUGAUGAUCAACAUAUAGCAGAAAAUAGUUUAUUUGAUAACCAUUUUGAAGAUUAUACAUAUUACACUGAUUAUACUGAUGAUCCUAUUAUGAGUGAUGAUAUUAGUGAUGAUUAUGAAGAUGGUGACGAUGAAGAUGAUGAGGAUGAUGAUACAAAUGAUGAUAAUAAAUAUAUUACAGGUAUUAAUGAUAGAUAUAAAGAAAUAAAAAUUGAAGAUGAUGUACAAAUAAGAAGAGAUAUAUUUUUCUUUAAUUUGUUAAAAAUUGUAAUAAAAAAGAAAACAUCAGAAGAUAUGUUAAUAUAUAUGAAUUUUUUGAGCAAAAUUAAAAUAGAGAAAAUAUUUGAUAAUAUAAUACAACUAUCAUGUGAAAUAUUUAAAACAUUAUUAAAUUUUAUAGAAAUAACAAAAGAUUCAUCUACAUAUAGAUUAUUACUUAAAAAUUUAGGUGCAUGGAUAGGAAUUAUAACUAUAGGUAGAAAUAAACCAUUAAUGUCGAAAUAUAUGAAUAUUAAGCAAUUGAUUCUAUAUGCAUAUGAUAAUGGUUAUUUAAUAGUAACAUUUCCAGCAUUAUGUAAAAUAUUAGAAAGUAUAAAAAAUUCCAAAAUAUUUAGACCACCCAAUCCUUGGACUGUUAGUAUAUUGAAUUUGUUAGGAGAAUUACAUGAAGCCCAAUCUUUGAAAACUAUUUUAAUUUUUGAAAUAGAAAUACUGUUUAAUUAUUUUAAGAUCAAUGUAUUUGAUUAUUAUAAUAAAUGUAAUAUAAUAAAAUCUCGUAACUUACCUGUUAAUUCUAAUGAUUUGUUUUUUAGAAAUAGUUUUAAUGAAAAUGUAUCAGUGAAUAUGAACGGUUUAAAUGAAAAUAACAAUAAUAAUAGUAUGAUUUCAGUUAAUGAAGUUACACCUACUAAUUAUUCAAAAUCAUUUAAUACUAAUAUUAUAUAUUCUGAAAAUUUGAUAAAUAUUAAUAAUGAUAGAACUAACAGAGGAGGUUUAGGUUUAUCUAUAAAUAAGGAUGUAAGGUUUAACAUGUUAAAUAAUUAUAACACAACACCGGCUACUAUUGCUACAUCAACAACUACAAAUAGUAAUAAUAAUAAUAAUAAUAAUAAUAGUACUAGUAGUAAUAAUAAUAAUAGUAAUGAUUUCUUAAGUUUUAAGGGUGUUAAUUGUAGUUUGUUAAUUAAUAAUAGAAAAGAAGAUGAAGCAAAAGAAAGUAAUAAUAGGGGAGACUUAAACAACAACAAUAAUAAUAUUAAUAUUAAUAAUAAUAGUAAUAGUAAUAGUAAUGCUCAUAUUAUGAAUCAUUUAAAUCCAAAUCUUGCUCAUUUAAGUAACGGUAAAAAUAUUGUUAAUAAUGUCAUAUGUAAUUCUUCAUCAGAUAUGAUGUUAUUAAACAAUAAUUAUAGGAAUACAUUCAGUAUGAAUAGUAAUCUUAAUAAUGUAAAUAAUAAAAAUUUUAAAAAUAUAGAUGCAUAUAAAUCUACAAAUAAAAAUGUUGUGAACACUAAUGAUGUUCAUUUGAAGAGUGCUAGUGUAUCGAAGAAAUUAACAAAUGCAAAUAUUAUGAAGGAGAAUCAUUUAAAUGCAAUACCUAAUUAUUUAAGUAAUGAUUCUAAUAUUAAUCAUAUGUAUACAAAAAGUGGUAGUGUUAAUAAUAAUUUUAUUUUAAAUAAUAGUAUGGAGAUGUAUCCAGUUGAUAAUAAUAUAUAUAAUAAUAUGUAUGGAAAUAAAAAUAUGGAUAUAUCUAAUAUGAUGAAUAAUAAUGAAAACUUUAAUAAAUCUAAUAAUAACAGUAAUGAAGAAUUGUGUGUAAAAGAUAUGAAAUUCUCAAAUAAAAAAAAAGAUAAAUUGAAUGAAAUUGAUUUUAAAAAUAAUAUAUCAAAAAGUAGUAAUAAUUAUAAUAUAAAUAAGACAAAAUUUUCUGUAAAUAAUAAAAAUGAAACAUCUUAUAAACUUAUGGAUAUGAAAAAUGGAAAACUUGUGCAUGGCAAGGAAAUGAUGUAUUAUGAAAAUAUAAUGAAGGAUUCAUAUGCAUCAUCAACACCAUCAAUGAAUAAUAUAAAUGUAAAAGGAAGUUAUAUGGAUUCAUCGUUAUUUAAAAAUAUGGGAGUAAAUAAUAAUGUAGAAAAAUUAAAAAUGAAUGAAUAUAAUAAUAAUAAUAAUAUUAAUAUCGGUAGUAAUAAUAACCAAUAUAGUAAUACUAAAAAUAAUAUGAUGUUACCAUCAUCUGUUGUUUGUUCACCAUAUAUAGUUGGUAAUAAUGAAAUGAGUAUGAAAAAUCAUAUGAUAUAUCAAGAAAAUGCUAAUAAUCAAAUGAAUAAUAAUAAUAAUAAUAAUAUUAAUAUUAAUAAUAUAAAUAUCAAUAUAAGUAAUAAUAUUUGUAAUAAUAAUUAUAAUAAUAAUAAUAAUAAUAUUAGUAGUAGUAGUAAUAGUGUUGCUUUAAAUGAAAUUUUAAAUGAUGAAAUAUUAAAUAUAUUAAAAAAAAAUCUUAUAAUAUCACCAAAUAUACAAUUAAUUAAGAUACAACCUAAAAUUAAAGCGUUAAUAUAUUUAGCUUUUGAUUCUUCCAUUAAAGAAGUUAUUACAUCCAUUGUUGAUCGUUUUGUUUUAAUCGGAUGUAUAACAACAAGAGAAUUAGUAAAAAAAGAUUUUGCUAAUGAAUCUAAAGAAACUAUUAUGCAUAAAGUGUCUUUAUUAAUGGCAACUAGCAUAUCGUCAUCACUUGUUUUAGUAUCUUGUAAGAAACCACUUAAAAAUAUGUUAAUACAAAAUUUACGAAAUAUUAUUGAUCAAAAUUUUCCAGAAAGAAAUCCUAAUUUAAUUAUUGUAGAUGAUUUUAUAAAAACAUUAAUUAAUGAUAAUAUUAAUUUAUUAUAUUUAAUUAUUGAACAAGUAGCCAUUGAGAAAUCAUCAUUAGAAAUAGAAGAAAUUAUGAAACCUAUAUAUGCAUCUAGAAAAUAUGCACGUCUUAAUAAAUUAAAUAUAAAUGAUAAUACAACAAAUAAAUAUUAUAACGCUUUACCAUCAUUUUUAAAAGCACAUAAUAUUACUUUAAAACAUAUACAGGUAUAUAAAAAUUUCAUGAACCUAAAAAUUUUUAAGAAGUUACAACAGAAAUUAUUAUCCAAUAAUAAUAACAUGGAACAGGCAAAUCAAGAAUAUGAAAAUGAAAAUCCUCAAAUGAAUUUUCCAAAUAAAAGGAAUGUCGAUAACAAUUCUACAAAUCAAUUCGAUCAGAAAAUAGGAACAGACUUUAACGAUUAUAAUAAUAUAAAAAGAGAAUCCCAGAUAGAAUAUCACAACAAUAACAAUAUUAAUAAUGGUAGUAAUCAAGAUAAUGGUUUAAUAAAAAUUAUUAAAAGAGACGAUGCUCCUAAGGAUGAUAAUAAUAAUAAUAAUAAUAACAACGAAAAAACAAACAAUAAAUUUAUGGAUGAUAAUAAAUACUAUCAUUAUAAUAAUAUUAUAGAUAAUAAUGAGGAUAAUAAUCAUAAUCUAGUAACGUCUCAUCAUAAAAAUGUAUCCAAAAUAAAUACAGUAAAUAAUAAUGGACUGAAAUUUAUUCCUUGUAAAAAUAAUAGUAUAAAAGAAAAUUCGAAUUUUCAUAUAGGUAAUUAUAAUUAUAUAAAUAGUAAUAAUAAUGUUAUAAAUUAUAUGAAUAAUAAUAAUUUAUAUAACUCGUGUAAUUUUAAUUAUAUGUAUAAUAAUAAAAACUCUUUUAAUAUUAACUACAAUAAAUCUGAUACUAAUUUUAAUACGAAUAGGUAUGUGAACGUAGAUAAUGUGAACACUGGUAAUAAUAUGCGCAUGUAUUAUAACUCUUCCAGAAAUAUGGUUGAUACACAGGUAGGCAAUAUACAAAUGGUUCAGAAUAACACCAGCACUAGUGGUAAUAUGGAUAUUGGUAUAUAUGAUCACAGUCAUGAUAAAAAUAAUGGUAACAUGUGUAAUAUGAAACAUAUCAGUAAUAUCAACAAUGUUAACAGUAUUAAUAAUAGGCAUAAGAAAAGUGAAUAUGAGAUGAAUAUUGAUAGUGGCAGUAACAGUAAUAUACAACUGGUGGGUAACACAAAUCAUAUAGAGGAUAAAACCUUUAGAGGAUUAACGGAACACAAUGAUAACGACUCAAGUUUUAAUAGCAGUGGUGUAUUCAACAACAAUGUGUAUAAUAAUAUGAAUGGUUAUAUUCCAAAUAUGAAUUAUAUGAAUAACAAGGAUGUUUUAAAUAACCAAGGAAAUAUUAUGAACAAUGAGCAAUAUAUGAUGAUUUUAAAUAAUACAAUUAUGAAAAAAGGUAUAAUUAAAAAUAAUAUAUUUAAUGAACUGAAUAAUCAUUAUAUAGGUACAAGUAACAAUAUAAUGAAUCCAAAUGAUCUGAACAAAAUGAAUGCAAUAUACAAAAAUAUGAUCAGCAAUAAUGAAAAUAUAUUAAAUAAUAAUAUAAUAGAAAAAUGUGUUAUGAAUAAUGAAAUGUGUAAUGGUACUAUUACAACAAAUGGUAAUAAUACAAAUAAUAUUAUUAAUACAAAUAAUAUUAACAAUAUUGAUAAUAAUAAAUUGAUGAAUAAAGAUAGUAUGAUACAAUUAGAAAUUGAAAGUAAUAAAAAUAUAAAGAAUAAUGAUAAUAUCAAUCUAAAUAAACGUUCAAUAGAUGAUAAUCAAAAAUUGAUACAUAAGAACUCAAAAACAAAUACUGUUAAUUCCAUUCAUGGAAACAAUAUAGAAUGUAAUGAAAAUAAUAAUAUGUACCUUAAGAAAAUAAAGAAUAUUGAUUUAUCAUGUAAGAAAAAAUUUUCAUUUUUUAUAUCUGAGAUAUUUUUAAAAGAAAAUAUAAAGAAAAUAAAUGUAAAGGAAAUUAUAUCACUUUUUGAAUUUUGUAUGUUAUGUAUUAAAGAAUAUAUUAAAUAUAUAAUGACAUACGUUCCACUUAUUCCAACAAAAAAUACAUUUAAUGAUUAUUGUAAGAUAAAAACAUCAUUUUUUAAAAUGGAAAGAACUAGAAGUACAGAUGAACCUUCUCUCUUGUUAUUAUCAUGUUUAUCAUCUAAUCAUGAUAUUUUUAUUCUUUGUAAAAUUAUUGUAUAUGUAUGUGAAAACUGUACAAAUAAAAAUGAAGUAUAUAAAAUUAUAGGAACGAAACUAUACAAAUAUAUACAAGAAACUAUUAAAGAAGAAAAUAGUGUUAUUUAUUCAAAUAAAAUUAAUGAUAUAAUAAUAACAAGCAAUGAAAAUAUAAAUGAUGAGGAAAAUAUAAAUACAAAUGAAAAAAAUAAUAUUAUGGAUGAUAAAAAAAAUGUGAGUUCUUCUACAUAUUGCUUUAAUAAUAAAAAAAAAUAUAUAUGUUCCAUAUCGAUGGACAAUGAAGAAUAUAAUAUAAAUAAAAAAAAAAAUUUAUAUUCAACUUGUUCUGUUAUUAAUGAAUUUAAUGUUUUAUUAGAAUUACAAUUAUGUAUAUUAGAUAUGUUAUGUAAAAAAAACAAAAUAUUAAAAAAAUUGAUAACAUCCUAUAUAUUAAGUUCCCCGAGUAAUAAUGUAAGUCAUAUUUCUUUGUUCAUACGUUAUGAUAUUGUUCAUUAUACUAAUUUGGAUAAAAGUAUGUCGAAAUAUUUAAAGAAUACAACUCAUAUUAAUAUUAUCCAAUUUUGUACAGAAUUAAUUUAUAAUUUAAUCAUUCAAAAGAAAUAUUUAAAAUGUGAACAUUUAAAAAAAUCAAUUAAAAAAAUAGUUAAAAUUGAUAAAAUUUUAUCAAAUGAUAAUAAAUAUAUUCAUAUUCCACAUGCAGAAAAAAUGCAAUUAAAAAAUGUACAAGAUAGAUUGAUACAAAUGAUUAAGGAAAUUAAAAGAGAAAGAAAAUAUUCAAAAAGGAAGAGACACGAACAAGAUCUGGAAGAAGAGAAGAGUGAACAGCUUCAAAAGGCUCAACAGGAUUUAACACUACAAAAUAAAGAAAAGGAUAAAAAAUCUGAGAAGGAAGAAAUAAAAUUGUUAAGAACAUUGACUGAAUAUAUAUACAUUACAAAAGAACACAAAAAAAAACAUAAUACUAACAGUAUUAAUAAUAUGAAUAAUAUGAAUAAUAUUGAUAAUAAUAAGUGUGAUCGUGACAGUGGAACCAAUAAAAUAAUACAUAAUGAUGAAGUUAAAAAAGAUAACAAAAAUGAAAAAGAAGUAGAUCAACAAAAUAAAUUGAAUAAUAAUCAAAAUUCAAAGGAACAUUAUUUGUUAAGCAAACUAAAAAUUGAAUAUGAUAAUAAUAAUGUAGAUGAAAAUACAAUGUUCUUAUUGGAAAAAUUAAGUUAUGAAAAUAAAAACGUAAGUUCAGAAGAAAUUAUAGAAAAGGAUGCUGUAAAAAAAAAUAAUCAUCCAAAAAAUGUUCACAUAGAAAAUCAAAAUAAAAUCAUAUCAAAAGAUAAAAUAGAUACCAUAAUAUGUCCUAAUGUAAAUGAUAAUAUUAAUAACAAAUAUAUAACAAAUGUAGAAAAGGAUAAUGUAAAUAUUAUGAAUAAAAAAGAAGAUUUAAAUAAUUUAAGUGAUAAUUCUAUAUCAUCUUAUAAUUCUUUAACAUCAACUUCACAGGAUAAUAGUGUAGAUACGGAAUCAUCUCUUUCUUCCAAAUCAUUUUCUACAUCUGAUGAUGAAGAUGAACAUUCGAAUGUUUCAUCUUAUUAUUUUUCAGAUUGUUCAUCUACAGCAUCAGAUACGUCUGUAAUAAGUACCUUUUCAUUAUCGUAUUAUAAUUUUGAUGAGAACAUUUCUAAAGAAAAUAAUUUUAAUACAUCCAACGAGAAAAAUAAUGAAGAUAAUGGUAAUAAUAAUAAUGAUAGUAAUAGUAAUAAUAAUAAAAAUGAUGAACUUAAUAAAUAUGAUGAUAAUUCCAAUAAAAUUUUAAAUGAUAGAGAUAUCCACACUAAUAAAAAAUAUUUAAACAAAAAAUCUUUUUAUUUAUAUGAUGUAUUUAAUAUAGAACCAAUAAAAUAUAAAUAUUUGCCCGCACCCCCUAUAAUAAAUGAAGAGAAAGGAGUAAUUAUUGCAUGCCUUUUUGCUGAGUGGUAUUUUAUUUAUAAAAAUUACUUAAAUAUUUUAAAGAUGAGUAUAUCGAAUGAUAUGCAAGAUGUAGUAAAUCAACAACACAAAGUAAAAUGUAUAAAUUUUUUUCAAAAAUUAUCAAAGAAUGGCUUUUUAAAUAUGGAUGAAGAAACUGACCAAUUCCUGUAUCAUUCGAUUAAUAUUUCUGUUAAUAUAGCUUUAUACAAUUUAGAAAAGGAUAAUAUGUUACAAGAGGAAUUAUUCGAAAGAAUUCAAAAUAAAGAAAAUAGUAAAAAUGAACUAAUAGAUGGUGAUAAGAAAGAGAAAAAUGACGUAAAAAAUGUAGAUACUCUUUAUAAUAAUGAAAAAAAAGAUAUGAAUAAAGAAAAACAAAGUGAUUAUGAUGCAAAGGUAAAAAUUAUUGAUUUACCUAAGAAUGAAAUAAAUAAAAAUGAUGAACAGAAUUUAAAAGAAUGUCCAAGUGUAAGUGAAUUACUAAAUUAUAAUUAUAUAGAUUCAUGGACAAAGAUGAUUAUUACAAUGCUGAAAUUAGUUGAUGUUGAAAAAAUAUCACCAAUUUUUAUAUUACAAAAAGUUUUAAAUCUUAUAUGUAGAGUAAUACAUAAAAAAUAUGAAAGUGAAAAGAAACAUUUUAAUCAGAGACCAUAUUUUCGAUUAUUACAUUGUUUAUUAAUUGAUAUUAAUGAGCAAUGUAUAUAUUCAAAUGAUUUAUUGAUAUAUUUAAAUUGUUUUUCUGAAAUAUUUCUUUUAUUAUCACCUUUAAGAAUUCCUGCUUUUUGUUUUUCAUGGGUUGAACUUAUAUCAUCAAAAUAUUUUAUGCCCAAAUUUUUGUCAAAUAUAUGUGGAUGGGAUAAUUAUAAAAAAUUAUUAAUUCAUCUUUUUACCUUUUUAAAAUGUUUUUUAAAAAAAAUACAAGUAUCUAAAGCAAUUGAAUCAUUAUAUAUAGGAACAUUGAGAAUACUUUUAAUAUUAUUACAUGAUUUUCCAGAAUUUCUAGCUAGUUAUUAUGUUACUUUAUGUAGUAUAUUUCCAAUCAAUUUUAUUCAAUUAAGAAAUCUUGUACUUUCUGCAUUUCCAAGAAAUAUAAAAUUACCUGACCCAUUCAUGUCAGAUGUCAAAAUUGAUUUAUUACCAGAAAUUAAAAUAGUACCAAAAAUUUUAACAAAUAUAAGUUUCUUACUUUUUAAAAAUCGUUUGAAAUUUUUAUUAGAUGAAUAUUUUCACAAAAAGGAUUAUAACUUAUUGUUUAAAAUAAAAGAUAAAUUAUUACUUCCUAAAAAUAAAAUAUAUCAGUCAUUUAUUAAAUAUGAUAUGGAUAUUAUAAAUUCAUUAACUUUAUAUGUAGGAACAUAUAUAUGCAAAGCUAAAGUUAAUAACCUUUUUAAAUUUAAUAAUAAUUGUGACCCCAUAAACUUGACCAAAUAUUCAGAUGAUUCAAUUGAUGAUAAAACACCCAUAUUGCAAGAACUCAUUUUAGAAAAUGAACAAGAAAAUGUAAACAAAGGGGGAAAAAAAAAAAAAAAAAAAUAUAAUACUAGCAUAACUUCAAAGAAAGAACAAAGUAAAUUAAAAAAUGAAAAAAAUAAUUUAUCUAAAAAAUAUGUUGAACUUAUGAAAGAUGAAUAUAAUGAAUCUAAUCAAAUUAAUGAGGAAGAACCUAAAACAUCAACAAAAUUGAAUAAUAGUACUAUAAAUGUAUCUACCGAAAAUAUAAAGAAAAAGAACAAAUCUGUUAUAGUUGUUAAAAAUAAUUUAUCAUAUACACUUUUUUUAUUUUUAUCAAAAGAAUUAGAUAUGGAAGGAAGAUAUUUAUUAUUAUCAAACAUUGUUAACCAUAUAAGAUAUCCAAAUUCACAUACACAUUAUUUUUCAUGCCUCAUAUUAUUUAUUUUCUCUCAAUCUAAUGAUAUAAUAAUACAAGAGCAAAUUAUUAGGGUCUUAUUAGAACGUAUAUUGGCACAUAGGCCACACCCUUGGGGAUUAUUGAUAACCUUUAUAGAACUUAUAAAAAAUGCAAAAUUUAACUUUUGGGAAUGUCCUUUUGUACAUGAAGCAGCGGAAAUAAAAAAACUUUUUCAAUCAGUUGCUCAAGCAUGCCUAGGGCGAGUUUAA